AUGAUUUCUUGAAAGAACCGCCACAAACAAAAAUGGUAGUUUUCAGAAGAAAAUGUUGAAAAUGUUAGGAUAUUUUUAAGCUAAUACUAAGGAAAAUCUGGUUUUAGUAUUCACUUCUUCAAGAUUGCACUUAAGACUUUAUUCAGUCGUCGUAAGAUGUCAUCAUCAGCUCCAUUAAAGGCUCUCUUUGACAAAAUGAAUCAAAAUGGAGGGGAAACACUUGGUGCACCACCACCCAAGCAAAAGAAGAAAGCAGCUGUUGCUAAAGAAAAUGAAAAUAUGGACGAGUUUUUUAUUCCUGAAAGUGGUGCUGGUGAAGGAAAGGCAUCAAAGAAAAGAUUGUCCAUAGAAAGAAUAUAUCAGAAAAAGACCCAGCUGGAGCAUAUCUUGUUACGUCCUGACACCUACAUUGGAUCUGUGGAGAGUGUUACUCAGCCAAUGUGGGUAUUGAAUGAAGAUAUGGACCUUAUGAUACAAAGGGAUAUAACAUAUGUUCCAGGAUUAUACAAAAUAUUUGAUGAAAUAUUAGUAAAUGCUGCUGAUAAUAAGCAACGAGAUCCAAAGAUGAACUGCAUUAAAAUUGAUAUUGACCCGGCAGCAAAUAAGAUACGAGUAUGGAAUAAUGGAAGGGGUAUCCCAGUGGUAGAACAUAAGGAACACAAUAUGUUUGUACCAACAAUGAUCUUUGGACAUCUUCUUACAUCUAGCAACUAUGAUGACUCAGAGAAGAAAGUGACAGGUGGCAGAAAUGGCUAUGGAGCUAAGUUGUGUAAUAUAUUUAGCAAGAAAUUUGUAGUGGAGACUUCAUACAAAGAAUACAAAAAAGGAUUUAGACAGACAUGGCAAGAUAACAUGGGAAAAACAAAGGAGCCAAGUAUAACUGAUGCAAAAGAGGAAGACUUUACAGCUAUCACAUUUUAUCCUGAUCUUGAAAAGUUUCGAAUGGAAACACUUGACAAAGAUACAGUAGAUCUUUUCACAAGGAGAGCCUAUGAUAUUGCUGCAGCCUCAAGAGAUGUGAAAGUUAUUUUAAAUGGCAAGAGAAUACCAGUUAAAAACUUUCGAGAUUAUGUGAGCUUGUUUAUAAAGGACAAAGUUGAUGAAGCUGGUGCCCCAAUAAAACUUGUACAUGAGAUAGUUAGUCCUAGAUGGGAAGUGGCCGUCACAAUGAGUGAUAAAGGUUUUCAACAAGCUAGCUUUGUUAAUAGCAUUGCUACAACAAAGGGAGGAAGACAUGUUGAUCAUGUAGCUGACCAAGUUGUUAAGAAGUUAAUUGAGGUUGUGAGUAAGAAAAACAAGGGAGGAAUUCAGAUUAAACCAUUCCAGGUGAAGAAUCAUUUAUGGUUAUUUGUCAACUGUCUUAUUGAGAAUCCAACAUUUGACUCUCAGACCAAGGAGAAUAUGACAUUGCAGGCAAAAUCAUUUGGCUCAAAGUGUCAAUUGUCAGAGAAAUUUAUCACACAGGUUAGUAAGUGUGGUAUUGUUGAAAGUAUACAAAGUUGGAUGAAGUUUAAGGCCCAAUCACAGCUUAAGAAAGUUAGUGGUAACAAACAGAACAAGUUGAAGGGUAUACCAAAACUUGAUGAUGCUAAUGACGCUGGAACAAAACACUCGCUUGAUUGUACUCUAAUCUUGACAGAAGGAGAUUCAGCCAAAACACUGGCUGUUGCUGGACUAGGUGUUGUUGGGCGUGACAGGUAUGGUGUAUUUCCACUACGAGGAAAAGUUCUCAAUGUAAGGGAAGCCUCUCACAAACAAAUAAUGGAAAAUGCAGAAAUCAACAAUGUGGUGAAAAUAAUGGGUCUACAGUUUAACAAGAAGUAUGAGGAGAUAGAUCAGUUGAAGACACUAAGAUAUGGCAAGAUUAUGAUCAUGACAGAUCAAGAUCAGGAUGGCUCACAUAUCAAAGGCCUACUCAUCAAUUUUCUACAACAUUUUUGGCCAAAUCUGCUCAAACACAAUGUUGUAAACCAGUUCAUCACACCUAUUGUCAAGGUUACAAAGGGUAAAGAAGAACAUGCUUUCUACAGUUUACCAGAAUUUGAAGAAUGGAAGUCUGAAACAAGUAACUGGAAUGCUUGGAAAAUAAAGUACUACAAAGGUUUGGGAACCAGCACCUCAAAGGAAGCUAAAGAGUACUUCAGUGACAUGCGUAAGCAUAAGAUAGACUUUAAAUAUUCCGGAGCAGAAGAUGAUGCAUCCAUUAAUCUCGCAUUUAACAAAAAGAAGGUUGAUGAGAGAAAAGAGUGGCUCUCUCAUUGGAUGGAAGAAAAGAAACGAAGAGCAGAAAUGGGUCUUCCAGCUCUGUAUUUGUAUGGUAAAAAUACAAGGAGUGUUACCUUUAACGAUUUUAUAAACAGAGAACUUAUUCUGUUCUCAAAUGCUGAUUUGGAGAGAUCUAUUCCUUCCAUGGUUGAUGGUUUGAAGCCAGGUCAGAGGAAAGUAUUGUUUACCUGCAUAAAGAGAAACUUUACAAAUCGUGAGAUAAAGGUUGCUCAGCUUGCUGGGUCAGUAGCUGAGUUAUCUGCCUAUCAUCAUGGUGAGACAUCCUUAAUGAGCACAAUUAUUGGGUUGGCACAGAACUUUGUGGGCAGCAACAACUUGAAUCUGCUUCAACCUAUUGGUCAGUUUGGAACGAGAUUACAUGGUGGUAAGGAUGCGUCCAGUCCCAGAUACAUCUUUACUAUGCUAAGCCCUUUAACCAAACUACUGUUCCAUGUAAAUGACGAACCUCUUCUGAACUUCCUGUAUGAUGACAAUCUAAGGAUUGAACCUGAGUGGUAUUGUCCCAUCAUUCCAAUGGUUCUUAUCAAUGGUGCUGAGGGAAUAGGUACUGGCUGGAGUACAAAGAUACCAAAUUACGAUGUCCGUGAAAUAGUUGCCAACAUAAAACGUAUGAUAGAUGGAGAGGAGCCUGAGACAAUGUUACCAUCCUACAAGAAUUUCAAAGGUUCUAUUUAUCAGUUAAUUGACAACAAGUAUGUAGUGAAUGGCGAGGUGUCAAUAAUUGAUGAUCAGACUGUUGAGAUAACAGAACUUCCAGUAAGGAAAUGGACCCAGGAUUACAAGGAAGAUGUUAUAGAGUCUAUGGCCAAUUCUACAGAAAAAACACCACAGCUUAUCACAGAUUACAAGGAAUAUCACACUGAUACAACAGUGAAGUUUGUUGUGAAAAUGACAUCACAGAAUCUUGCAAAGGCAGAAGAACAAGGAUUGCAUAAAGUGUUCAAAUUACAAAACACUAUAACAAGUAAUUCAAUGGUGCUAUUUGAUAGAAAUGGAUGUAUCAAAAAGUACAACAGUGUAGAGGAAAUUUUACGUGAGUUUUUUGAAGUUCGAUCAGAGAUGUAUAGAAAGAGGAAAGCCUAUCUAGAGGGAAUGUUAGCUGCAGAAUCCCUUAAGUUUGAUAACAUUGCUCGCUUUAUCAUGGAGAAAAUAGAGGGCACUGUUACCAUUGAAAACAAGAAAAAGAAGGACUUGGUUGAUUUGUUGGUUAGAAGGGGUUAUGACUCUGAUCCUGUUAAAGCUUGGAAAGAUGCCCAGAACAAAGGAAAGAAGAAGGAGGUAGUUAUGAUAGAUGAUGAUCUAUACAACGAGAAGGAGGAGGAGGAAGAAUCUGGUCCAGAUUUUAACUAUAUACUUAAUAUGCCACUUUGGUGUCUAACUAAAGAACGUAAAGAUGAACUAUGUGGUAAACGAGAUGCCAAGGCAAAGGAACUGUCAGAUCUUCGUAGAAAGACACCUACAGAUCUAUGGAGAGAUGAUUUAGAAGAGUUCUUACAAGAGUUAGAUAAAGUUGAGCAACAAGAGAGAGAUGAUGAUUUUGGAGUUAUUGAAAACAAGAAAGCUGGAAAGAGCAAAAAGCCUAAAAAGAUAGUGGAAGAAGUGAAACCAUCUCCUAUAGGACGACGUAUAGAACCACGCUUUGAUUCUAUAAAGAAGAAGGCUGAAGGGACAAAACGUAGUAAAGAGAAAAAGGAAGCUAAGAAUGGCAACAUACUUGACUUUAUGAAAAUGGAAGAUGAGGAAAGCAAUGAACCUCUAUCUUUAGCUGAUAGACUUAAACUCAAAGGAAGCCCUGUUGAUGUCAUCAAGGGAGGUAAAGAAACUAAAGUGGCAGCUCAGAAAAAAGAACCAAAAGCUCCUAGACAGAAGAAAUCAUCCGCAUCACCCAAAAAGAAAGGUGGCAAGAAGCGUAAUCCGUGGUCUGAUGAUUCAGCUGAUGAAAUCAGUGAUGUAUCAGAUGAUGAUAUGGAUGGAAGCUUCCUCGGAACUGUCAUACCUAGAGAUGGACCAAGAAGGGCUGCAGCUAAGCAGGUGAAGUACAAUUUUGAAGCUGAAGAUGAGAUAGAAAGUGAUGGAGAAGGAAGUGUUGUAGAUAAUUUAGCUGUAGUUGAGGAUCAGCCAGCUGUUGUUUCUGAUGUAAGUGAUGGUGACUCCGACUUUGAGGCGCCGGUUGAGAAAUCUAAGCCAGCAAACCAGAAGAAAGCAAUGGUUAUAGAAUCUGACUCAGAUGAUGAUGACAACACUAAUACGGUUAAUUCCAGCAAGGAAGAUAAAGAUGAUGAAUGGCUAAGAAUUACUGGACAACUUCCAGACAAAUCUUCACAAUCAACAAACUCUGAGCCAAUGUUUGAUGAUAGUGAUGUGGAAGAAGUGGCUCAACCUAAAGAAGAACUUUUUAAACCUGUCAAAUCACUGAAAGCUGAUAAAAAACCAGCUGCCAAAAAACCAGCUGCUGAGAAAAAGCCACGUGCUCCAGCCAAAAGCAAAACACAAAAGAAAGAUUCAAAACAGCCUGGUAUCUCAGCUGCUUUUUCCCAGAGUUCAACAGCAGCAAAAUCAAAGAAAGUUGUAACUAUAUCAGAUUCUGAUGAUGAUUCUACUUCACACAAAGAGCCAAAGGAAAAGAAAGCUGCACCUAAAAAGAAAAAGAAGAAUCCUUGGUCUAGUGAUGAAAGUGAAGAUGAAAAGCCAAAAAAGGCUGCAGUCAAGAAACGAACAAAUGUUGAUCUCUCAGAUAGUGAUGGAGAAAGUGCUCCUAAAAAAAGUAAAACUACUAAAAAGAAGAAGAAAUAUACUAGUGAUGAGAGUUUUAGUGCCUCAGAUCAAGACAAUGAUUUUGUCUCUACAGCUACUACAGCACGGGGUGGUGGACGUGCUCGUGCUAAUGUUAAAUAUAACUUUGGAGAGGAUUCUGAGGAGGAGGACUUUUGAUAUACUGUUGUCUGACAACUGCUAGCACUACAGCAGAUUAUAUGGAGUAAAUGUGUAAAUAGUGAACAUAUAAAAGGAAGUAUGAGAUAUAAAGUAUGUUGAUUAGAGGAGACAAUAAUCAGGGAUGAUCAGAUCAUCACAUCGUAGACAUGAACAGUCAUUUCAUCUUGUCUCAAUCACUUUAACAACUACAUGAUGCUGAACAAGAAGGCUGUGUGAAGUUUUUAACUAUAUACUUAUGCUAAUCAUUUGUAUAGGGUUUUUUCUUUCGACAAAAGAAUUGAUAAUGAAAAUGUUGUAAAUAUUUUAAUGCAACAGUGUUUAGUAAAACAGUUUGGUACUUUUUUCUUGCUUCAUGAGGAUGUAUCUCAAAUAAAGGAGCCAGGCUUCUGGAACUUAAAUUUUUUUAUCACUGUAUAUAUUUAUAUUAAUUUUUAGUCUUUGUCAAAUUAAGUUCCAUCAGAAGACACUUUCAUUUCUUUUGAACUCUUCAAGGUUUUAUUUAUAGAGUUUCUUCUUUUAUAUUAUUUGUUUAGAAAAUUCAAACAAAAGAUUCGAACAAAUGGUACAUAUAUAAUUUAAAAACAACUGGGCAGUAUCAUCAGCACCAUUAAUAUAUAUGUAUCAUAAUAUGAAGGUUUGAAUUAGAAUUGAUUUGAUUACUGUAUUGAGCUUUAACACCACCAAUCUAGGAUGCUGUUAUUCUGUUUAGGUUUGGGGGUUUUGUCAAACAAAACUGCAAAUUAAAACAAAGAUAAUAAAUUUCUGAUGCCUUUUAAGAUAAUUUGAUUUUCCUGUCAAAAAGUAAACUAGCCAAUAUCGUGGGUACUUAUGCUUAGACCUCUAUCUAGAGGCUUAGUUUGGCUAGCUGUGGAUGUUUGUUUCCCUUAUUAUUUCAAUGGAUACUGGUGAUUUAAGGAUCAUAACCUCUUAUUUACUAAAGUGCUUCAAGAUUAUUUGUUGUCGGCCAAAAAUUACUAAAACAUUUUCACUUAACCGGACAGGUUCACGUUCCUUAGGUGGUCCUCUGCAAAUAUCGUAAAUUAGGCUGAGACCUUUAAAAAAUCUUAUGGUCAAAAACUGCAAGGCAAACUGUAGAUUUGGUUUGUAGCUUUGCCUACUGGUCUUUCAGAAAAGUCGUAGUAGUGGGGCCAAAAUUCAAAAUUGUUCUUCCUGAUAUACUAGUACCAGAUAUAUCUCAAACUAGAAAGCAAAGAGCUUGGAUAGUUAGCCAUUACAAAACUUAUAAAUUUAUUUUAUUCUUGCACCUUGACCGGUCAUUAAACUAGAAAGGUGGUACAUGACAUUUUCUAGUGGGCCUAUAGAGCAUGUUUGUGGACAUGCCCUAAGGAAGUAUUUACACAAAGUUCAGAAAUAAUGUAGGUUUGAUCAAACUUGCCUGUUUGUAAAUAAUCAUAAAUGUUAUUCAUUGUAUAUGCCAUAUGAUAGUCAUCACUAAUGAUUUACUAACAAAAAAACUAAAAAAGCAACUGCUUUAAUACAGCCUAGAGCAAAAUGAGAACCGAUACUGUAUUUAAGAUUUAUAUAUUAUAUAUUAUACCCUUUCUUCUGAAACUAUAUGCCUUAUAUUUUUUAGAUGAUCUUUAAGUAAAAAAGUAUUCAUUUUCUGUAACAACUGACACAGAUCAUAAUAAAUGUUGUAUGACA